AUGGCGCUGAAAGAAAAAGGGCCAACUCGAACCUCAUCCACAGGCCAGGAGCUUGAGGAAAGAGAUUCAGUUUUAGGUUUUGGGGUCGACCCUGCCAUUCGCAUCGGUGUGUUGGAGGAACUGAGAUUUGAAGACGGAUAUGAUGGAGUUACUCAGGUCCAGGGCUUCCACGGAGAGACCCGGGCUUUCCACUUCCAAGGUUCCUCCAGGGAGGUGAAGGCGCCGGCAGAGGUGUCGGAGCGAAUGGUCCAGAAGCUGAGAGGGAAAAAUGAGUUUACGGUGCUGGUGACCCUCAAACAGGAGCACCUCAACUCCGGCGUCAUCCUUUCCAUUCACCAUUCUGAACAGAGGUUUUUGGAGUUGGAAAGCAGCGGCCAGCGCAGCGAGGUGCGCCUCCAUUACCACACCAAAGGCCAGCAGGCGCACACGGAGGUGUUCCCGUACAGCCUGGCCGACGACCAGUGGCACAAGGUCUCCGUUGCCGUCAGUGCCUCGCACGUCGUUCUGUACGUCGACUGCAACAGGAUCUACGAGAGGGUGGUGGAGAUGCCGUACAUGGACCUGCCGGAAGACGCCGCCUUCUGGCUGGGGCAGAGGAACAGCGCACACGGCUUCUUCAAGGGGAUAAUGCAGGACGUGGAGAUCCUCGUGAUGCCUCAGGGCUACAUCUCGCAGUGUCCAGAUCUCAACAGAACGUGCCCGACCUGCAACGAUUUCCACGGGCUCGUGCAGAAGAUCAUGGAGCUUCAGGACAUCCUCGCCAAAACAUCCAGCAAGCUGUCCAGGGCAGAGGAGAAGAUGAAUGGCCUUGAUGGCUGCUAUUGUGAGAGAACCUGCAGCAUCAAGGGGGUCGUCUACAGGGAGGAUGAAGGCUGGACAGAUGGCUGCAGGAACUGCACGUGCACGAAUGGGACUGCGCAGUGUGAGGCCAUCUCCUGUCCCCCCCCUCAGUGCCCAGCGGGCACGGUGCCGGCCUACGUCAAGGGUGCCUGCUGCAAAGAGUGCCAGCCUGUGUGCACGUUUGGUGGCAGAGAGCUGGUGGAGGGGGAGAGGAAAGCUGUGCGUGACUCCUCUGGAAGGUGCCUGCUAUUUGAAUGCAAGGACAGGACCAUGCACCGCAUGGUCCCCGCUGAGCCCUGUCCCCAACCCGGCUGUCCGGAGACAGAGCAGAUCACCCUUCCCGACAGCUGCUGCAAAGUCUGCCGAGGUCAUGACUUUUGCGCCGAGGGCCACAGCUGUGCGGAGCACUCCGACUGUGUGAACCUGGAGGCGGGGGACCACUGCGUCUGUAAAGACGGAUUUCGCCCGCUUCGAGACGACAACGCCUACUGCGAAGAUAUCGACGAGUGUGCGGAGGGGAAGCACUACUGCCGGGAGAACACCAUGUGUGUGAACACGCCGGGCUCCUUCAUGUGCAUCUGCCACACGGGCUACAUCAGGAUCGACGACUACUCCUGCACAGAACACGACGAGUGUCUCAGUGGCCUGCACAGCUGUGACCAGAACGCCCUGUGCUUCAACAUGGUCGGAGGCCACAGCUGCUCCUGCAAGCCCGGCUACACUGGCAACGGCACCGUCUGCAAAGCUAUGUGUGAUGGACUGUGCCAGAACGGAGGGACCUGCGUCUCACCCGACAACUGCGUUUGCCAGCAAGGAUUCACGGGGAGGAGGUGCGAGACAGACAUCGACGAGUGUUCAGAUGGCUUCGUAGAAUGUGACAGCAAAGCCAUUUGUGUCAACCUGCCCGGCUGGUACCACUGCGAGUGUCGCGACGGUUACCACGACAACGGCUUGUUCUCAGCCAAUGGGGAGUCGUGUGUAGAUAUUAAUGAAUGCAAGACGGGGAGGAACACCUGUGCCAACGACACGGUGUGCUUCAACCUGGAGGGGGGCUACGACUGCCGGUGUCCCCACGGGCGAAACUGCACCGGCGACUGUAUCCAUGACAACAAGGUCAAGCACAGCGGGCAGAUUUGGGUGCUGGACAGCGACCGGUGCUCCGUCUGCUCCUGCCAGGCCGGCCAGGUGAUGUGCCGCAGGAUGGUGUGUGACUGUGACAACCCCAACGCCGACCUCUUCUGCUGCCCCGAAUGCGACCCGCGGCUGAGCAGCCAGUGUCUGCACCAGAACGGCCUGCUCACCUACGGCAGCGGAGACACCUGGGUGGAGAACUGCCAGCAGUGCCAGUGCCUGCAGGGGCAGGUUGACUGCUGGCCCCUGUCCUGCCCACCAGUGGACUGUGAGUUCACCGUGGUGCCCGAGGGCGAGUGCUGUGCCCGAUGUGUCACCGACCCCUGCCAGGCCGACACCAUUCGCAACGACAUCACCAAGACGUGCACGGACGAGCACGGCAUCUCACGCUUCAGUGGCUCCUCCUGGGUUAAACACGGCACCGAGUGCACCCUCUGUCAGUGCAAGAAUGGACACAUCUGUUGCUCAGUGGACCCCAUGUGCCUCUAGUCCUGGCAGAUCUGAAGGCACCUGUACAGUGUUCUCAAAGUUAAAAAAUAAAAUAGAAUAAAAAAAAAAAAAACCACCACCCUGCAUCUAGUCACCGUCCCUUUCACAGAUCUUGGCCAAAACAGUAUUUGCAGCGAUACAUUAGCAUUUGUUUUCGUUUUCUGCCAGUGCCAAAUGGGAGCAGAUUGCUCACCGGGACAUUACAAACGGUGGGAUUUUGCCCAUCAUAGAAAAGAAUAAUAAAAUUGCUUUUGGAGUACUUCCCUGUGAUUGUUUAAACUAGAGUCCUCGUUUUAUGAAAAACCCCACCCGUCCGGUGUUCCAAGGAGGAUAAAACAAAUGCUAAGAGUUAUUUGCAAAUCCUUGUUUGGAACCAGAUUUGCCUCUGCAAAUUCCUCUUUAUACCAAAAUGUGAAUAUGUGUGUCAUACAAGAAGAGAUGAUCGACUGCAG